GCUUGUCUGCACGGUGUGCAGGCAAUGGCUGGUCUAGGAUUGCCGAAAUUUAGCAGAAAUGCAAACACCGUCCCGAGUCCGGGUGAUCUGAGCGACGUGGAACGGCUCGAAGACUUCCCAGAAGCUGACUUCAGAGGCAUGACGCUUUCUCUUAGCCAGGAAACGACUGAGACCGUCUCCCCGAUACAACCGUCGGCUGAUCAGCGCGGCGUCGAUGUAUCGUGCCUGGGUUCCACUCGUUGUCGAGCAGGUGCAGGUAGCCUGGAUGGAAAUUCCGGGAGCAUUGCCGAUAAUGCAUCCACUGCGUCGACGUCAAGCAUUGUGCGGCAGUUCUCUCGGGAGCUGUCAGAGGAAGAGACAAAGGAGUACUUCUCAGUACGGGAAGGCGCCGUGGAGAAAGCGGCCGAGCAGUGCAGUCCGGUGCUCAUGAAACAUCUCGACGGCGAACUCAGGGGUGUCUGGCUGCUGACAGAGAUUGACCACUGGGACACGGAGAAAGAGCGGCUCCUGUUCCUGACAGACUACAGCCUGAUCGUGCUCAAGUACGACUUCAUCACCCUCAAGCUGCUCGAGUACCGGCGGCUGCACCUCAAGACAUUCGACGUGGUGCAAGUGGGCCUCCUCACCUACCCAAACAAGUCGUUCAUGCCGAAGCUCAGUUCUGUGAUGGACACGGUGCGGAAUCGGCUGGUGUCCCCGAGGCAUCGGGGUGGCAGUGGCGUGCCCCACGCUGCUGCGCCCCCUGGCCAAGACGUGCUCACGGGCUGUGGCGAUUUCGAGGCAGAGGAGGCCACACCACUCUUUCCUGCUGCUCCUGCUCUCUCUUCCUCUUCUCCUCACAGUCCUCGCAACCAAGAAGGAGUCCGUUGCAUGUGGGACCAGGGCACCCAGCUGCCCGUCCUCAAGGACUGGAACCCAUGGUGCCGCGAAAUCCCCUGGGUGACAUUCACGUCGCACCACCUGCGGACCACCCCGGUGGGCAGCUCCCACCAUGACGUGGGCCUUUUCUCGCGUGCCCUGGUCGACGCAAUGACGCAGCUAGACGCUGCGCAGGCGCCGCCCGCGUCGCUGGUGCGCUGCACCCCAUGCCGCGUCCUGUACGAGCCCAUCGUCGUGUGCAGCUACCUGGGCGUGGCCGCGGCCUUCCACAACACCACCCAGCUGGGCUUCUUCAAGGCGCGUGGCAAGGUCAGCUUCUGAGCUUCGCGCUUUUUUUGCUCCACCAUCUCCUGCUCUGGUCAUGCUGCCGGCGGAGCAGCACAAGCGCCAUCGGUGGAGUGAACGACCAGGUGGACAUGGGCUGCCGAGUGAAUGAGCAGAACUAUGUCUGUGCAUGGAAUUCCACACAGUGUGGAUCGGCCCGACGGAGCCGGGCAUCUGAGUUAGGCCUCGAGUGGUGGGCAGUUGACUGAACAACUGUGCAGUGAAAGCGAGCAGCUGGCUCAAUGUUGAGGGUGAAACAGAAACUCCACAUUCAGGCAGUUGGAACGCAGGAAACUUGAGACAGGAUUGUUGGCGUUACACUGGCAGCGGCAGUCUGGAAGAACAAAUGAAGACCAGGUGGCAUGACAGGUGCCAGCCAGCGGUUCAGGUCCCAGCACUUUUUCUUCACUACACCGCGUUCAUAAGUUCACAAGAAGAGAUGACAUACGCGUGUCAAGCACAACCCGGGGUUGCCAAGAAUAUGCGAGUAGGUAGGCGGAUUUAGUUCUGGUUGCCGGCCAUUGUGGGGUAGCAUGGGGCUUCAAUUACUUUCUUGGGGGGCUUUGAAUGCUGUCCAUUGUGGAGAGGAUGGGAUCAGGUAGAGUGGGGACCAUGAGACAAAAAGAACUGUUCAUGCGAAUGAUAAAACUGCAAGAAGGGAUGAGCGUUGUCUUGAAGUUAAUUGGAACCACCAUUCCACACAGAAAGGGGUUAUAGUAUGCAUUUUUGCUGGACCCUUGUACAGACUGCUCGGAGCACUCAUGUAUGUUCGAUUUGGCGCGGGGACUUGUCGGGUGAUCCACCAAGUCUAGCAGAUGCGCCAGCAAUGACCAAAUGCAGCUCCGGGUGCAGUUUGUUGAAAAUUCAGGGAGGCGAUGGCAAUCAGUAAAGCUGUGUUUGCCAAGUGGGCAGAGGCUGUUCACGCUAUAAACUUCUAGAUGGUGUCUUUCUUGUUAUUGCUAAAGUGGGGACAGCUGUGAACCCUGCUUAUGCUUUCAGCUAUCAAGCAUUUCUCAUUCGUUAUCCUCAAAUUUGAGGUUUUGUGAACUUCACUUGGCUGGUGGGAUUGGUGCAGUAGCUUGUGACGUGGCUGGUGGAGUUGUGCAACAGGUGCAACACCAGAGUAUAAUCUACAGGGCCUUGCUCAUUGUGGAGCCCUUGAUUGAUUUGCACUAGUGCUUUUUCUGUACCAUAUGUGAGUGUUUGAGACACCGUACUGUUUGCUAUCUGGACUCUGCCUGUGUGCAGACUUUGUAAUCUGCAGCAUUCCCAAUGAGAACUCGCAACAAAGGCAUGUUAAGUCAUCGACUUAGUGGAAGGGCGCACAGGCAUCUCAUGCCGCAUGUUGUCAUAUUGAAAAGGCUGCCCUCAUACUAAGUCUUAAGCCCUAAAGGUGUGUCUAUGACGAGCGCUGCAGUAUGCAGUGCAGCAAAGACAUGCCAACAACAGUGACUGCAGACUGAGCGAGGACUGCUCAUAAUGCAGGCUGCUGUCGUUGCCCUUUGUGGCUAGUAUGUUAUGUAUGUAUAGAAAGACCAUUUGUCUAAGCUUCGUGGUUGCUUUUGAAAUGCAUUCUUUAUGUUGGCAUGGACACCACAGUGUUGAUGGUGUUUCUCGGCCGUUGUUGAUAUUACGCCUGAAGUGGCAUUGCCUGAUGAUCUCAGCAAGGGCAGCCACCAAUGUCAUGCCGAUGUUGUGGAUACGUAUCACGGUAGUUGUAAUUCUUAUGGUUCAGUUACUUGCUAAGUGUCUUUGUUAACAUCUUACAUAGCAUCGCCCACAAGCGUGUGCGGAUGAUAGAAGUCGCGAGAAAAAUGCAUCUUCCUUUCAGUGUCACUGUGCAACCUGAAUUUGAACGCUGCAAUGUGGUGACCGUACAUUAAGUGUAGAAUUUGGUUGCCUGCUCAUUUGCAGCUGCUAUAAUCCACAAGCUUUCGUUGGUGUUAUAUGUCUAGCGCACUAACUACUUGUAGUUGUUUCUCAUACACUAGUUAAUGUUCGAUUCUUGAAGAUUCAUAGCUGUGAAACUGAUGUUGACUGAAAGGCCCGCGUUUCGAGUUCCAUUUUGUCCUCGUGCCAUUCUUUUUUGCUUCCCCAGCCUGUGUGCGGAUGUAGUAGAAUAUGGGAUUCUGCCCUCAGUGAAAGUGCAUUACUAGUGGUACAUUUCACUGGUCGCUUUUGAGCAUUUUGUGUUGUGGUUUACAUUCGGCCAGUUGAAAUCAAGCACUCAGAACACAUUCACCUAGUUCAUUCACAGAGCCGUGCUCUUUCAGAGGACUCGGUGUUGCUCCCCCUUCCGAGAUGGGAGCGUGACCAAAAUAUGACAAAAUUCUGAUAACGUGGCCUGAUAGCUCUCGAACUAUCUUGCUCACUACAGCUCUUAGAGCUGUCUUGCUAUCACGCUGCCCCCUCCGAGAUGGGAGCACAACCAAAAUGCGACAAAAUUUCGAUACCAUGGCUUCUUCAAUAGGUCUGGGAACAGCUGAACGUUCAUCUCGGGCAUGCUUUCUCAGGCUCAAAUGUUGAAAGGCCACCGCAUCGCUGCCAAUUGAUUCAGAGCACUGUAAGAACCAGUCAGCUAUAUACCAUUAGUAGAUCCACUGCUGCUCUUUAAGUGUAGAUGUAAUAAACUGUUGCUUUUGAAUGUCUCCUGUCAUCGGUGCAUUUGCUGUGAUUGCCAGAAGGUGGUGUUUGUGCAUGCCCUGCAGUGCGACGACAUUGGUGCUUGGAACUUGCGUCGCCCUUCCAAUGGGACUACCGGUUUUGGAACCCCUGUUGUCUCGAUGCGUACGCCUCAUGUCUUGUCUCGUGUCUCCCCUGGAGGCUUGCCAGCUGUUUUCAACUCUUCAGCGUUUGAUGGUCCCUUUCUUACUGACUGUGAUUGUUUUUUAGAUGUUCUUGGUGCAAUUUGCCCUUGACUUCUUGCCGCGAUAACCCUCAGCCUCGCGCGUAAUGUGGCAGUGUGUUCUAGCUGCGCGUGAAACCAGCGCUCUAAAGAGCGUGGCAGUGCGAAUUAUGAGCCGCACUCAGGACAUUGACAGGAAGCUGCGUUGUUCACGUGUUAAAUGUGCUCAGAUCUGCCAUGUUUUUCACCCAUCUGAUACCCAUUUCUCUCUUUUUCUUUUCUUUUUUUCAUAGUUAAGGUAGUGCAUCCUGUAGUUGGUAGGUUACUUGGUCAGGCAUUUAUUAAAGGGUUUUAAUAGAGUGGCAGUAUGCCAACCUAUGGUAAAUUGCUGAUUUUGUUAAUGUGAGAAAGAAGAUUCUCUUGUGCCUGCGCACUGAAGAAAUUAAUGUACUGCUAUAACAACAAUUAAUAGCUUUGCUGGCCAUCUGUAGGAAGCUUUACUGCAAGAAAUGGAGCAGCCUUAUUUCAGCAGCCACAUUACCAUCUCUUUGUUCUUUCACUUAGCAGAAAAGUUAGGAAAGCAUUUUCGUGAAAGCUGUUGGUGCUCGAUGCCUCGCCUAGGUGAUUGAGUUGAAUUGCUCAUACACUUCUUGUGUCGGGAAGAUGUUAAUUUUUAUGCAAGCACUUUUCAUUUGCAAGCGUUGCUGUCUGUGUGCUUGGCAUCAGUACGCCACAUUGAUUAUUUGUUAGUUUAGGCCAUGCUAGUUUAGGCCAUGUGCAGCGUCUGUUGCCAUAAACCAAAAAGUUGUUGUGUUUCGUAAUCUAUGGUAACGAUAGUCUUUUGUUGAGUAACACAUUCCUGCCUGUCUGUCUUGAGGGGUCACGGACAUAUCUUGUUGUUGCGUGUACACGUGAGCGUUUAUAUUCUGAUGAAUGAAAUGGGAUGUGCAUAAUGGUUUCUCGGUAUAGUCUAUAGCAAGUACUUUUGGAAAAUUGCGGUGUCGGUGUCAUGUAAUUGCACGUUCUCGCCACCAUAAUGAUGCUGUUGUGUCUCAAGUGUUCGGGUAAAUGUAAGACUUAACAUUUCCAGCACAGAGAGAAUUCAUUUCACUGUUGCAUAUUGACAUUGUUGGAAGGUUGUGACAUAAGUGGCCGGAAUGAUCAUGGCAGUGAUACCACAAGUGGGGUAGUCACUUGGGCCAGUCGUUCAAGGUUCACUAUUAAGAACAAGUAAAACAUUGGCAGACAACAAGAGAGACAAAGGAGUAGCAGGCACAUGGGAAUGCUGAUGGUUCUAUUUUCGAACAUAUGACACGUAACACUAGGUGAUCCAAGCAUAACAUAAAAAGUUGAAAUUGAUCGUUAUAAAGGUAUAGACAGUAUCAUGAUGCAUUUUUCACAGGUGUGCAUAGAAAAACAUGACAUUUGAAGUUUGGUUUGACAAUUGUUUAUUUGCCCAAUUGAUUACAGGACUGAGGAAAAAGUCUGCAUUAGCGCGAUCAGACUGAAGAUCGUAAGAAAAGCUGUACUUAUGCCAGAUGUACUUGGACAGUGCGCCCGUAGGCCGCCGGGCAAUAAGUUAGCAGAAACACUGCUGCAGUUAUUGCUCAAUGCAGAGUUGCUGGCUUUUGUUUGAUUUUGUUUUAUUCCCCAUAUGGGCCUUGCGGCAAAUCGUCCUCUCAAAAUAAUAAAAAGAAAAGCAGCUUGAGAACAAGUUCG